AAUCCGAACGAACUUAAUCAUCAUGAUUGAAGUAAACAUUCAACAUGGUAGCUAUUUCGUUAUUAUCAUCCGCAUUUUAGGUCAAAUUAAUUGUUUACGAUGAGUGUAUAAAGUUUAGGUCACUUGUUAAUAUUCUGCGAAAAUGUCGUCGGAAAGGGUGGAAUGGGUGGAAAUUAUAGAGCCCAAAACAAAGGAGCAUAUGUAUGCUAACCUCACAACGGGAGAAUGCGUUUGGGAUCCACCGGAGGGAGUUAAAGUAAAACGGACAGAUUCAUCACAAUGGUGGGAACUUUUUGAUAUUAAUACACACAGAUUUUACUAUUACAAUGCUUCUACACAGACAACUGUGUGGCAUAGACCCACAGACUGUGACAUUAUACCCUUAGCAAAAUUACAAACUCUGAAGCAAAAUACCGACCCUCAGAAAAGAAGAGAAACCUCUACACAGACUAAUCUUGCUGCUCCUCAGGUGCCACCUACAAUCGAUCCAGUCAGCAGUAAUGGGAACAGUACUGUUGCAAGUGCCAGCAAAUUAUCACCAAGCAAUGCUAAAAAUGUUACCAUUACACAGACUAGUCCUGUGCGCACUAGGAGAUCACAUUAUCACCAUCGGAACAGCGGAGAGAGUCGACGUGGUAGGUUGAGUGAAGAUGGUACUACACAAUUGUGUCGGCAUACAGACUCUGGCCGCUCGUCAGAUAGUAGCCUUAGUAGUGCCCAGCAGCGACGGAAACAGGAGAUGACGGCCGCGGCCGCUUGUACGCCGCAGUUGCGAAAGCGCACUGCCGCGCCCGCGCACCCAUCGUUGCAUGAACCCGAUAAGUGGUCGCCACACUCAGGUUUAAACAGGAGUGGCAGUUUUAUAUCGCCCCGUAAGGACGCCUCUGAUGAUUCCAUGCAUGAAAAGUAUUUCAAAUCUGUUGAAAGUACACCAUUAACAAGACGCAAGUUAAAGCAGCAAUCAGGUGGCGGUUCUUCAUGUGACUCAGCGUCGCCUCAGAGUCCGAGUAGUCCGUUGCAGAAACCGCAACCUACACCAUUCUUGCAGACGAUGUCGGCGCGGCCCUCGUUGGUAUCGUCGAUAUCUCUGGCGACUGAAGCAGCUGGCGGUGGAUCGCGCGUACUACACAGCCUCGAGCGGCCACACCAGCUCUCCCGGCAUGCACGCGAGAGGUACUCCGACAGGCAUUUAGACAAAGACCGCUUAGCUGAGUUGGAGCGAAUGGACCGGUAUCCUGAGAAGCAGGCGGUAUAUAGUGUAGACAAACCUUUCCGGCAGACGAGCCUCGAUCUGCGCCAUAACGCCGCCAAUUGGCAUCCUGCUAGAGAAUUCACUAGGCGUCAACAAGCGGAGCCGGAGCGGUACUCGUCGAGCAAGGCGUCGGUGACGUCGUCGUCCGGCAGCGGCAAGCAGCGCUCGCACGAGCCGCACCACAACUUCAUGCGCCUCUCGUCCGCCAACGAGCAGGACAACAUCGCCGCUGUUAAUUACAAAAUGAAAUGCGUCAGCUUAGAGCCUCCGCUAACUGAACCAAAUCUCCAGAAACAUAAUCAGCGUCUUGAAAGAAACCCUGCACCGCGCGACCGCACCAAAUCUCGACGUCACAAAAGGCCAGUGGAUAUGGAGGAAGUACCAAUGGAUGGCGAGGAGGAAGAGGAGGAGGGAGGAGGCUCCCCCCUCUACUGUAACUGGGAUCUACGCGGCAUGCAGCAUCUCCUACCACUUCAGGACUACAUCAUACAGCAGGCCAAAUUAUCAAGUCGUGGUCGAUACGGCGGGUCGGGGUCGGACGGCGAGUCCGGUUCGUCACGAUCUCACUCGCGGUCCGGCUCUGAGUCCCGCUCGUUAUCGGGUCACGAGCCGGACAACGAGUCGUCCGACGGCGGCGCUCGGACGCCAGACGAUGACGACGGCUCCGGAGUUUAUCUACCGCAUUCUUAUGCGCACCGCCCGUCCGACGUCGAGUACAUGAACCACGGAGUCUCCUAUUAUAAUACGUUUGUUGGUUUCGACCGGGAUCGACAACCCUCACCGGGAAUACAUAGGACAUCGUCGCUGGGUGGCGGCGGCACGGGAGCUGGUAGCGGAGCGGGUGGUGCGGGUAGCGGGGCGGGUGGCGGAGCGGGAGCGGGCGCGGGCGCGGAGGCGGGCGGCGCGUUGUACAGCCCGGUGCGUGCGCACGCGCACUUCACACGCCCGCCGCCUCCCGAACAGGACAUCGAGAUAUUCGCCAAGGACAACCUUAACUUCAACAAGGGCAUAUUUAGGAGAAAAGCGUCAGUUCGGGAUAUGUUGUCGUGGACGUCAUCGUCAAUCAGCGCUCCCAUGGUGGGCGCGGAGUGGGACAAGGCGCACAAGAAAGCAGCCAUUGAUCUGUUCCGAUUAGUGCAGAUUUAUAUGGGCGACCGUAAGGCGCGGCCCGGCAUGACACUAAACUCCGUCGCCCAGGAUAUAUUGCACGCCACGUUUACUAACGAAAAGUUGCGGGACGAGUUGUACGUACAGUUGUGCCGGCAAACGACGGAGAACCCUCUGCGGGAUUCGCUUCUACGCGGUUGGGAGCUCUUGGCCGUGUGUCUCGCCUUCGUGCCACCUUCCCCUGCCUUCCAGCCCGCGCUCACCAACUACGUUAAUCGGCACCGGGACCCUGCCUUCGCGGACGCCUUCCCUGAGGUUGGUAAAUGGCCAAUCCACGUUCAAGUAUCACACUAUGCUGGCGUCGCGUGCAAGCGGUUAGAAAGAAUCGGCUUUGGCGGAAAAAGGCAACCACGGAAACCAUCCACUGAAGACAUAGACCAGGCCAGAAUACAAAUCUUCCGGCAAUCAAUGUUCGGCAACACGCUAUCGGAGGUGAUGGCCCUGCAGAAAGAGCGUUUUCCGCACCGGCAGCUACCGUGGGUACAGGUGGCGUUGUCACAGCAGGUGUUAGCCCUCAGCGGCCGCGAAACCGAGGGCAUUUUCCGUGUAUCCGCUGACGUGGACGAAGUUAAUGCGCUUAAGGCCAAGAUCGACAAUUGGGAGUUGCCGGAUGCUUCCACAUUGACUGAUGCGCAUGCGCCGGCGAGCUUGCUAAAGCUCUGGUACCGUGAGCUGUACGAGCCGCUUAUACCGGACGCGCUCUACGGUGCCUGUGUGGCAGCUGGCACCGACUUCGCCGCCGCUACACGUGUCUUACAGCGUCUGCCGCCUCUCAACCGCCUUGUACUCACAUACCUGAUCAGCUUCUUGCAGCAGUUUACCGCACCAGAAGUAGUAAGUCAAACCAAAAUGGACUCCGCAAACUUGGCAAUGGUGUUUGCGCCGAAUUGCCUUCGUUGUACUUCGCAGGACCCGAGGGUCAUACUAGAGAACGCGCGUAAGGAGAUGACAUUCCUGAAAACUCUUAUCACCAACUUGGACACGUCUCAUGUGCAAGAUCUCCUGUGACCGAUGAAUCUCAGUUAUUGCAAUAACAACGUCGUUUCGGAUGUGACGUACUGACUGCAGAUGGCGAUGGUAUGCAUUUAGGAGCGUUCAUAAUUUUAGUUUACAGAAGUUUGGCAACGCCGCAUUUAACUGUGUUUUAAAACAAUUUUAAAUUUCAAUGUUUCUGACUGAUUAUUUACAAAGUGUUCUGACUUCAAACUAAAAUGCUAAUUAUAGUAUAUGUUACAUAUAAAUCUACCACAAAAAACAUUGCUCUCCACAUUUUGUUUCGAAAUUUUUCAAAUACAUUUUUGUCUUCAAAAUCUAUAUUUUCUGUGACGAAUAUUAUUGCAUGACUGAAAGUUUAGUUCGCUAGUAGCGAACUUUUUAAAUAAUGAGUCAGAAACAUUAAAAAUUAUUAAAUUGCUUUUAAAAUUGACAAUUGCGACGUUGCUACACUUCCACAAGCUAAAGUCCUGAAAUCUCUUGAAUAUUGUAAUAGAUUUGAAAUAGCUAAUUCGGAAGUGGUUGUUCGUUCGAGUUGCUCGCAUCGAGUGACUCGUCGUUGGCGACUCACCCGCUGACUUCACAAAUCGUUCACCACAUCAAUAUUUGUAGAUUUAUAGUAUAUUAUUAUUAUUAUAGCUUCUGAAGGGCAGCUUGUGUGGUGAACGAGCAGAGUAUCUCGAUAUCAUUGUAUAGAAUGUGUAUGUAUACUGCGUUGAACCAAACAUUUUUAUGUCUAGUCUAUAUGAUUUCUGUUGAUUACUCUGUGCAGAAUGUAGUGUUGGAGUGACGUGGUAUACGGGCAAGUUUUUUGACUUCCCUCAAAUUAUAUUCGACAUUCUUGUAUAUUUUUUGUAUUUUUGUAUGCUAUAUAAUAAUUUUAUUUGGUUGUAUCCAAAGAUAUUUAAUGAGAUGUGAUUUUAAUUAUAUUAGACUUGAGCUUUACAAAAGUGUAUGUGCAAUGUGUUUCGAGCGGAUUUGUUAUUGAGACGAUUGCAUGUUUGUUAUUAGUUACUACUAUUGUUUAGUGCGCCGUUUCGACGCAUUCGUUUAAGCGCAGAUAUUAUUUUUCUAACUAACAAAAUACUUAAAACGAUCUCUGUCAGUGAACUAUGAUUUUAUAUAAAAUGUGAGGUGUGGCAAUAUUGUAAGGAAUGUUUUAUAGCAAUAUAAUGUGUUGGACAUAUAGUUUUAUGAAACAAUAUUUUAAACGGGUAAUACUGUCUAUAUAAUUUCUCGUCACGCAAACGUGUAUGUGAUGAGCUAAUUGCUGAGUUUCUGCAUUAUUUUUUUGACUGCAAGCCUUUGACGAUACCUUUUCUUUGCGAACAAGAGGAAUUGCAACUAAACAACUUUAGACAUAUAUUUUUUUUAAAGUAUUAGUAACUACUAAAGUAAUAGUGAUGAAAACUCAAUGGAUCACGAGGGUUAAAACAGUGAAUUUAUAAGAAUUAUAUGAUUAAUCUCAUAUACCUACUUGAGUUUAUAGAUAGCCCGCGCAGAAUAUCGCUCGUAAUAUUAUGACAGGUUAUACGAAAUGAAUCGUAUUACAUUUCGCGUAGUCUUUUAAAUAUUCAGAUUAAAAACAACCCUAAAACUGUUACUGUAUUGUUAUUGUGGGAGGAAUUCUUUUGGAUUCAUUAAACAAUAAUGUUUUAGCAUUAUGUAUUACUAUCGGGUUCGUAUUAAAAACAUAUAUAUUACGACAAUUAAUUACAUUUUGAAUAGUUUGUCGAGACAGAUGUAUACUUAGAAUUUAUUAUCUAGGUGUGGAAACAAUUAUUGUAAGAAGUUGAGAAAGGCGGUUUUAAAGAAUAAAUAGCGAAUUUUGUUUUAUUAGGUUUUUUUUUAAACUACUUAUACAUUCUGUAGUUAUUUGGAAAUCAUAGUUUGCUGAUAUCUAACUAGUAGUUGGUACCAAUACGAAAUAUAAUUUUAGUUAAGGAACAAUCACAAUUAUUUUAAGUGUGACCAUAGCAGAAAAUCUUUAAAAUAAAACGAUAUAAAAGUACUACAGUUCGCAGAAGAUAAUUAUAAUUAUAAGCCUUUCUUAUUUGGUCAAUAAUAUGAUGUCAAUUUUAGAUUUGUAAAAGGCGGAAUUUCAAUUUGUCAGUAUUUUUAGUUCGUACUUUGGCACUUACUCGAUACCUACAUACUUUGUAACAGAAAGAUAUAAAACAGAGAUAUAAACAAUACUAUCUCAUUUUACUUUAAUUUCGGUAAAUGAAUCUCACUUCUCGUGAUGAUCGAUCUGGAUAUGCUCGCCCAUAUUUAAUUCCUAUUUAUUUAAGAUACAUUUUCAUGGUAGAUACCUUAUUUAAUGGGUAUAUAAAUGAAUUACAUGCGAUAGAUAAAAUUGAGAUAACUGAAAUAAUGCAGCAGAAUCAUAAAUACAACAAGUCAAAUUAUUAACUUGAUUCAUUUACAUUUUCAUUUCAUGUUAUUGACCAUGUAUGGACAGUUUUAUUUUUUAAUUAUAAGUAUAGUUGCAUAAAUAUUUAUAAAAAUUUGAUAAUUUGGUUUGUUUUCUAGUAAUGAAUAAGUAAAAUAUAACAAUAAGAUGUUCUUUUAAAUGAUUUUUUUUUAAAGUAUUUAAAUUAUCAAAUUAUUUAGCAAAGGCAAAAAUUAUUCAUACAUAAGUACGAAGUCUAUUCCGGUAUUUUAUAUAACAUGCCAAUUCGCGCGUGAUUCUGCUGCCUUGAUAUCACACUUUGGUAGCUAUAAGGCAUUAGUCACUAAGUGAAAUUAUAAAUUUUAAGCCAUGCGAUUCUUUAGAACUCUUAUCUGAAUCUGUGAUGAAAUCACCUUUUAGAAUUUUAUAAUAACAUGACAGCAAGUUUUAUUCCACUUUUCAAUAGUAGAAAUGACGAAAUGAAAUAUAAUCAUUUUUUGUUUAAUAAUUUAAGUUCAAAGAUUAUGGAUUUAGAUAAUAAAGAAAUUAUUAUUGGUUUUAAUCGCAAAAUAACACAGCAGGUUUAAUAAUGCAGUUUCAGUUUUAUUUGAUGACACGACGAGAGAUUCAAAGUUUUAAGUGACGAUUAUAUCGAUUUGAGAUUCGAUAUUGGAGAUUUUAGAAAAAACAGUAAUAGUCAGACAAUAGCAGCAGGAUGUAAAUGUAGAUAAAAUUUGGAAUUAUCCGAUUGUUUGAUCAACUGAGAAUUGUAGGAUUAGAAAAAUCUUUUAUAUCACACACCUCACGGAUACAGUAUAUGUCUAUUAUGUUGUUGCUAGUAUACUUUUUUAAUAUUCCGCAUUUUCUUUUUCAUUCUUCCCUUUAAUGAAAAUUUAAUGCAAUUUUACAACCAUAUAUUAAUUUAAUAAUACGUAUAAUGGAUUAGUUUAGCUAGGGGAAUAGAACAAA